AUAGAGGUAAUUAAAAAGGCAUGGAAUUCCAUAGGACCCAAAGGCUGGAAGGGCUUUAGUUUAAAGGAGAAGUUGAAAAGAACCAAAAAUGCCUUGAAGGAAUGGAGCAACAACUUCAUGGCUGACACCGAUUGUAAAAUGAAGGAAGCAGAAAGGGUAAUAGCUACAGUGGAUGAGAAAGGGGAAAAUGGCACACUCACGGCAGAAGACAUUGAAAUUAGGAAAGGCUGUUUCAUAGAGCUAUGGAGGAAUUUAAGAAUUAAGGAGAGCAUGUGGUCGCAAAAAUCAAGGAAGAUGUGGCUAAAAGAGGGGGAUGCAAACACAAAAUUUUUCCAUAGUUGUGUGAGAGGCAUAUGGAGAAGAAACGAAAUUAUAAAUAGCAUCCAAAUUAAUAAUAAGCAACUUGGGGGGGUGGCUGAGAUAAGAGAAGAGGUGGCGAGCUACUUUCAAGGUUUAUUCACGGAAGAAAUGUGGCAGAGACCAAGGCUAGAUGGCAUUAAUUUUAAUCAACUAUCCCAGACGGACAAUGAGUCUCUUUUGGCUGUUUUCUUUGAAGAAGAAAUCAAAAAUGCAGAAUUCCACGAGAGUGGGAAGCUGGUGAGAGGAUCAAACGCUUCAUUCAUUAUGUUAAUCCCGAAAGUUGAAAACCCCCAAAGAAUUGAGGAGUAUAGACCCAUCUCACUCAUUGGGGUGAUGUACAAGAUCAUUGCAAAGCUGCUAGCUAACCGCCUCAGAAAAGUACUGGAUAAGAUCAUCGGGGAGCAACAGAUGGCGUUCAUAAGAGGCAGACAGCUGAUAGAUAGCGUUGUGAUUGCCAAUGAGGUCAACUGGGAUUUCAUUGAUUACAUGUUAUGUAGGAUGGGGUUUCCAGUCAAAUGGAGAAAAUGGAUAAAGGAAUGCUUGCAAUCGAGCAUGAUCUCAAUUAUUCUUAAUGGAAGCCCAACAAGACCAUUCCAAGUCAGCAAAGGAAUAAGACAAGUGGUGAAGGAGCUAUAUAAAGGAGUGAAGAUAGGCAAUGGUAGUGUGAUGGUUUCUCACCUUCAAUAUGCUGACGAUACAAAAUUUUUUGGCGAGGCAACAAAAGAAAAUAUUCUUGCAAUCAAAUGCAUCAUGAGGACUUUCGAACUAGUCUCAGGCUUGAAAAUUAACUAUGGAAAAUGUCAACUAAUGGGUGUCGGGAUUGAGGACAGUUGGAAGAGGAAGAUGGCCUACAAGCUAUGCUGCAAAGAGGGGGAACUUCCAUUCAAGUACUUGGGAAUUCCAAUCGGAGGGAAUCAUAGAAAGCUAGCAAUGUGGCAGCCGCUGGUGGAUACUUUUAAAAAGAAACUUGCAAGCUGGAAAGGUAGACACUUAUCUUUCGGAGGUCGGAUCACGCUCAUAAACUCUAUGUUAUCCAGUCUACCUGUGUUCAUGAUUUGGGUUAAACGGGAGAGCGUUUGUAAACAAAAGAAGUAUGGAGGACUGGGAGUGAGGGACUUGAGGAAAUUUAAUAUAGCAUUGAUGGGAAAAUGGUGGGGAAGGCUUGUAAAUAUAAAAAAGGGUUUGUGGAGAGGUGUCAUGGAAGUGAAAUAUGGACAAAAUGGGGGGCAUUGGUUGGAUUGGGUGCGAGAUGGUAGAAAUGUAGGAUCACUAUGGUGGAGAGAUGUACGAAACCUCAAUGUGGGGGAAGGGGCAAAUGGGGGGUGGUUGUCAUCGGGCUUUAGGAUGAAGAUAGGAGAGGGGAAAGAUGGGAGUUUCUGGUGGGAUGAGUGGUGUGGGGAGGUUUGCUUGGCUAAUAAAUUUCCUAGAUUAUAUCUCUUAUCAACAGGGAAGGAAAACAAGUGCCACCAAAUGGGCCAAGACUUUAACGGCACAUGGAAAUGGAACCUUGCAUGGAGAAGAAAUUUGUUCGAGUGGGAAGAUGAGGAAGCAAAGGAACUUAAAAGGACGAUUGAGAAUGUGACGAUCACACCUGGCCAACCGGACAAAUGGGAAUGGAUUCAUAGCAACGAUGGUCAAUACUCAACAAAAAUAGCUUACUCGAUGUUAGUUAAACAAAGAAGAGAACCGGAGGAAGCUGAAAUAUUCAAAAGAAUAUGGAGCAAGAUUCUCCCAAGCAAAGUUGCAGCUUUCAAUUGGAAAGUAAUGCAGGACAGAAUUCCAACCAAGAUAAAGUUGCUCAAAAGAGGAAUUGUCAAAGAUACAGGGGAAAGAAAGUGUGUUCUGUGUGAGAAUGAGGAUGAAGACUCUAACCAUCUGUUCCUUAAUUGUAGUAUAGCUAGAAGGUUGUGGCAGGCAUGUGCAAAUUGGUGGGGGAUCACUGUCACGUUAGACAAGGAUUGCUGGAAAACCUUUCAAAAUUUUGGAGCAUGGACCACAAGCUCACGAAUUACAGAAGGAUGGGAUUGCAUAUGGAACUCAUUUAUUUGGUCAAUGUGGAUGGCCCGAAAUGGGAAGAUUUUCUAGAAUUUGAAGGUAAACUAGGCCAAACUGUUUGAACUUAUUCAAUUGCGCUCUUUUGCAUGGAUUAAGGCAAGAAAAGCCAAAUGUUAUUUUAAUCUUUUAGAUUGGUUAACCAACCCUGCUUCAUGUCUUUCUAUUAACUAUGGGAGGAAAAAGUAGAUUUAGAAGGGAGGGUUUGAAAGAUGGGAUUAACAUUGAAA